UGGGAAUUGGACCCACUCCAGCUUCGGCUCUGGGAGGCCCUCUGAGCGGCUUGCCCUCCUGGGGCCAUGAAGAAGGCCGUCCUAAAAAGCAAAAAAGACAAACAAAUCGGCUUCAACGUCAAGUCAUCUGUGCAUAACUUGAGCAAAACUCAGCAGACCAAACUCACUGUGGGGAACCUGGGCCUAGGCCUGAUCGUUAUCCAGAAUGGGCCCUACCUCCAGAUCACCCACCUCAUCAGGAAGGGGGCUGCGGCCAGGGAUGGAAAACUCAAGCCAGGUGAUGUUCUGAUUAGCGUUGGCCAUGCCAACGUGUUAGGAUAUACUCUUCGAGAAUUUUUAAAACUUUUGCAACAAAUCACCAUAGGAACAGUGCUACAAAUCAAGAUUUACCGAGAUUUUAUUGCGAUACCCCAAGAAUGGCAAGAAAUCUCUGAUUUAAUCCCUGAGACCAAAUUCCCAGUAACACGCCCAACAAAGAAAACUGAGCAGGCAAAAGACGACCCUUUGGCAAGCAGUGAUGACAACGAAGAUGUAGUUUCAGAUAAGAAACUUAAGUAUUAUAAAUAUCCAGGGUCCACUGGGCCUCAGUCUGCAACGAGACCGAUGUCUAUCUCUAGAGAGUGGCAUGGAUAUAAAAAGAAGAACCGUACUAUCAGUGUAGGGAAAGACAUUAACUGUGACGUGAUGAUUCACAGAGACUACAAGAAGGAAGUGAGAGCCCCUUCUCCAUACUGGACAAUGGCGAAGCACGACAAUGAGAGCUCGUCCUCCUCCACAGCCUCCUCCAGCUCGGAUGCAUUCUGGCUGGAAGACUAUGCCCAGGCUGAAAAGUGCAAGGGUCAACCUGUCUCAAAAGUGGCUUAGGCAGCAGUUUGCAAACUGGUGAUCACAUAAGCAUCUAUCUUGAAAACACCCAACUUUUGUGCAUUGCUCUGUACAGGUUUGCUAUACUUACAGGAACAUGUGCAGACUUAACAAUUCUUUCCCAAGUGCGUGGUAAUGCCUUCAGAGACCUUCUUCCACAUGCUAUCCGAAUACUUCCCUGGGGCCGGACAGGCCUCACCACCUUAUUCUCAAAACAGCAACAUCAGUCACAUCAUUAACACACUCCCUUCUGAGAAGAAUGUCUCAUCUCUUACAACAUGCAGCGGAGGAACCCAGGAUCAGAAUGGAGGAAACCCAGGAUCAGAAUGAACGUAGAGAGAGAAUUUCACCUUUUAAGUAUCACAUUUUUAUUUACUUAGUUUCUCUUGUUUUGCAAAUUUCAGAUGCCCUACUUAAAAUAAAUAAGAGAUAUAUUUUUCUGGCUGGUUGUUCAUGUGUAACAAUUUCCCCCCCCUUUUCAGCCCUAAGAAACAGAACAGAAACAGACGAGGGUGAGGGAGAUGAGGAAAAAGACAAAACUGUCACACAGUGAAGAUAAAUCUGACAUAAAGUGAGGCAGUGGGAAUACAGGGUAUGACUAAUAGGGAAUUUAUAUUUUUCAGAAAUAACUCUAUUGCAAGAAAGACAGAAAAGGGUGUAAAACC